CCGGUGCAACCCCCGACCACGGGAAGCGACAACAGUGAUGAUCCACGGCCGCCGCCGACUCCUGGCCAAUGCAUCCAGGAAUUGGAUUUCUUGAGGCAAUCCCAGCCCCAACUGAAGCUCUCAGACCGCGUCUCCUACUCGCGCCGAUGCAUACAGCCCGUCUUCUCUGGUAGCAACCGGACCGAAGUCGGCAACAUCUCCGACUCCCUCUUCGGCCACCAGAUACUGGUUAAUAUUGAACAAUGUCAGGACGUCCGACUCCCCAGAUGCGUGCCCAUACGCCUGCCCGUCUCGAAGCCGUAUCCGAGGAAGAAGUACCCGCACUUCAUCUUCGGCAUCGCGACGGAUUACACGCGGCUCGCCGGUUCCCUCGAUGGUUUCGCCCACUGGCUUUCCAACACGGACUCCAAGCUCGUUGCCGUCGUGACCGACAUGCACAUGCACAACUCCACGCAAAUCAACAACCUCAAGCUGGACUUCCAGCAUGCUGGCGUCGACGUCGUUUUCGAGAAGCCCUUCGACGCCAAGCACAGCACCUCGCAAUCCCACUUCAUGGUGCUGGUCCACAUGCUCGCUCUCGGCGACGCCGCCUCCGCCCCAACGCGCUGGUACGGCCUCCUCGACGACGAUACCUUCUACCCUAGUUUGCACCCCCUAGACGACGCGCUCAGUGCGCUAGACCACAACCGCGAUUUCUACGUCGGCACCUUAAGCGAGGACUUCAACGCGAUCCGCAAUUUCGGAUUCAUGGCCUUCGGCGGGGCGGGCGCUUACAUAUCCGCUCCCCUGGCGCGGAAACUGGGCGCCAAUGCGGCGGCUUGCGUCGAGAGGCCUACCGAGGGAGACAUAAUCCUGCGAGAUUGCGUGUACCGGCACUCUAAGGCGAAGCUGACGAUGCUACCGGGGCUGUAUCAGCAGGAUAUGAAGGGCGACGCCAGCGGGUUCUUCGAGUCCGGGGUGCAGGCGCUGAAUUUCCACCACUGGAAGAGCUGGUUCAAGGCGCCCGUGGUGAAAAUGGCGGCUACGGCCAAUUAUUGUGGAGAUUGCUUGAUGCAGCGGUGGCGGUUUGGGGUUGAUGAGGUGUUGGCGAACGGAUACUCGAUUGCGAAAUAUCGUGACGGACUGGAGACUCUCGAUCUGGAUCGGAUGGAGGGCACGUGGGAACAAGCUUCGCAUAAUUUCGACUUUAGUAUUGGGCCGUUCAGGCAGAGGUUGGGGCCGGAGCUGAAGAAGAGCUACAGGCUGGAGGAGGCCAAGAUUGAGGAGAGUCGGGCCGGGGGGUUGAGACAGUUGUAUGUGCAUAGGGGGAACCACAGCUCGGGGGAGUUUGACGAGGUUGUUGAGCUGGUUUGG